UACAUGACCACCACUAAUUAAGUCUCAUCACUAGUAAGAAAUAAUUUGUUCAAAAAGCAGAAUAAAGUAUUCGAAUAUUCAGCAGAGAUGUUUGUAGCUCGCAAAAUAACUCAGACCGCUGGCCAGUUGGUGCGCGGCAAGCACUCACUCCCCAAGCUACCCUACGACUAUGCUGCCUUGGAGCCCAUCAUCUGCCGCGAGAUCAUGGAGCUGCACCACCAGAAGCACCACCAGACCUACGUCAACAACUUGAACGCCGCUGAGGAGCAGCUGGAGGAGGCCAAGGCAAAGAGCGACACCACCAAGCUUAUCCAGCUGGCCCCAGCCCUUAGGUUCAAUGGUGGCGGACAUAUCAACCACACAAUCUUCUGGCAGAAUCUCUCGCCCAACAAGAGCUCCCCCAGCGACGAGCUGAAGAAGGCAAUCGAGUCACAAUGGAAGAGCUUCGAUGACUUCAAGAAGGAGCUGUCUGCCCUUACCGUGGCUGUACAGGGCUCUGGCUGGGGCUGGCUGGGCUUCAACAAGAAGACCGGCAAACUUCAGCUGGCGGCUCUGCCCAACCAGGAUCCCUUGGAGGCUUCCACUGGCCUGAUCCCACUCUUCGGCAUUGAUGUCUGGGAGCAUGCCUACUACCUGCAAUACAAAAAUGUCCGCCCCUCCUACGUAGAGGCCAUCUGGGACAUUGCCAACUGGGACGACAUCUCCUGCCGAUUCCAGGAGGCCAAGAAACUCAGCUGCUAAGUGCAUAUUCAAGCUGUUAUCUAUGUCUAAUAUAUAAGCAUCAGCGGAUCAGAGAUCCCAAACUUUAGUCUGAGUUGCAGCUAAUAAAUAUUCAAAAGUUGACAACUUA